CUGUACAGUAAAACCUCCACUACCCUGCAAUCGCGUGAUUCAGAGGUGCCGGGUACUUGGGGUGUUCUCACGUAUGUAAUAUUUCAUGCAUGCACCUCAAAGGCCAUCACCAACUUGAAGGGAAACACCAUCACCUUACGUUAGUUGAUUUGAGUCAUCUGUCUAUCUAUUUACCUAUCUAUUUAUCUAUGCAUAUCUAUCCAUCCAACUAUUUAUCUGUAUCUAUCUACCUAUAUAUGCAUAUAACUAUUUCAUGCAUACCAGGGGCGCCGCCUACAGGGGGGGCCACAACGUUACCUUCGCAGAGUUCCUUCGCUUCAUCUCCGAGGCUGGGCGCGGGACGAAGGAGCAGAGGAACGAACACUGGCGGCCCAUGCACGAGCUGUGCCAGCCGUGCGCUGUGCACUACGACUUUAUCGGCAAAUACGAAAAUCUGAAGGAGGACGCGGACUACCUCCUCCAGUGGCUCGGGCUGACGGACCUGGUGGACGGGUUCCCCGCGUCGGACAGGACCUUCCACGCCAGCCGCCUCGACCCCAAGUACUUGGGCCAACUCAGCCAUAGCGAUAUCAUGGCCUUCUACGCCAAGCACCUGCCGGAUUUCCUGCUCUUUGACUACAAGUGAUUACACAUGUAAGGAGCGGCGGUGCUUUGGUAUGCUCUUAUGUUCUUACGGCAUCUGCCUCAGCCCAACGGAAGGAAGGUGAGCCAACCACCGCCCUCGGUGCUAACUGACUGGUAAAAUUUUGUGGAACUCGGUGAUAAAUGUAGACACUUCAGACACUCACAGCUUCUUCCCUACCUACAAGUUUCCAGUGCCCGUAAACGUCGCAGCCGUUACCACCGAUAGUUUUCUAGUCAGUUAGGCACAAAAAUAAUGCAGGUACAUACACGGAAUGCUGAAAUAUGUGAGUUAGAAGACAAGUCUACACUUUCCAGUGAGUGGCAGCAGAAAGGAAGCUGGUCACGUAAACGUGUAGCCCUGCUGUGGCUCACUACUGCUGACCCCUGAUCCGCAUCGCCUUCACCGGUUCAAGGAGAGAUCCUAACGACUCUGCAGGGCGGAAGGUGAAUGCACAAAAUUA